GCCGAAGGCCGCUCCUCCGCUCCCCGCGGCGCUGCGCCUCUCCGUGCCGCCUCGGCGUGCUGAGCUCCCUUCAGAUGGCUGAGAAAGCAAGCGGAGGCCCGCAAGAUAUCCCCAGCUCUUCUCCCGAUGAAAACGAGUUUCCUUUCGGAUAUCCCACCAGCAUCUGUGAAGAUGUGCCCGAGCAGAAGUACCUGUGCAGCAACUGCAACAACGUUCUGAAGAAAGCCCUGCAGACGCUCUGCGGGCACAGAUACUGCUCUGCCUGCCUGUCCUGGAUUGUCCGGAACAAUAAAAAUCCAGUUUGCCAGAAAUGUAAAGAGGAGGAUCCCAGCACUCUGAGUGAAGGAAGCCUAUUGGCAGAGGAAAGGGCCUUUGGGGAUGCUGCCAUUAACAAGGAGAUUUCUGAGCUCAGAGUGCACUGUGUGACCCUUGGAUGCAGUUGGUGUGGUACCAUGAAAAACUUCGAAGAGCAUCAGAUUCUGUGUGAAUAUGCUUUGAUCCCUUGUCACACUGGCUGUGGGCACGUGGUGAUGAGGAAGAAACUUGCAGAUCAUUUGGAAAACGGAUGUGUUAAUAACAUGACCGUGUGUCACAAGUGUAAGCAGAGCUCAUCCAGCAGCGAGUACCAAAAACAUUCAUGUGAAGGCAAUUUAUAUAGAGAGCAGAAGCAUGUGCAAGCAGAAACACCAUCAAACGAAAAGCAGAACCAUUCUGGGCUCUCAGGCAGCACGGAUGGAUGUCGGUUUUCUGAGGUUGGCUGUUCCUUUGGGGGCAGCAAAGAGGUGAUAAAGGAGCAUGAAAAAGCUGCAGUUGGGACUCACAUGCUGCUUCUGCUGCAGUACGUAAAGCAGCUGAAGGCAAACCUGAGCACUGCUUCCAAAGCUGCAAAUGGUUUCAUCCCACAGACAGAGCUGAAUGUGAACGGUGCAGAAAAAAGCAUCUCUGGUCUGUGCAUCCCAGGCAGUCUGCAAAUCAAUGGGGAUCUGGAAGCAGACUGUUUAACCAGAACUUCUGUUCCCAGAGAUGAAUCUAUCGUACAGCAGCUAGUGAGGGAGAAGGUGAUUUCUGAGCUUGAAAAUAAGCUACAUGUGUUUGAGAAUAUUGUGGCAGUGCUCAAUAAAGAAGUGGAGACCUCCAACUUGGAAAUCACAGCGUUUCGGAGGCAGAGUGAACUUGAUCAGAAUAUAAUACGAGGCCUUGAGCUGAAGAUUGCAGAGUUGCACUGCUGCCUGACCCAGAAGGACGCAGGCCUGAGCAGGCUCCAUAAGAGCCUUCUGUUCUCUGAGCAAACUUCCUACGAUGGGGUCUUUUUGUGGAAGAUCACAGAUGUUAGCCAGAAGCUACAGGACUCAGUGACGGGCAGAGCAGUCAGUCUGUACUCACCAGCGUUCUACACUGCAAAGUAUGGCUACAAGGUGUGCCUGAGGAUUUAUCUGAAUGGGGAUGGGAUGGGAAAAGGAACCCACAUAUCCCUCUUCUUUGUUGUCAUGAAAGGAGACUACGAUGCUCUGCUCCCGUGGCCUUUCAGGCACAAGGUUACAUUUAUGUUGCUGGACCAAAACAACAGAGAGCACAUUAUUGAUGCAUUCCGCCCAGACUUGGCUUCUGCUUCCUUUCAGAGACCUGUGCACGACAUGAAUGUUGCCAGCGGCUGUCCCACCUUCCUCCCUCUGACCAAACUGCAGUCCCCAAAGCACGCCUAUGUGAAAGAAGAUACACUUUUCCUUAAAUGCAUCAUAGAUACAAAUUAGUAACUUCUGAAACCUGAGUGUCUGGUAAAUCACCCACUGCAAUUCAUUUGUUUGCAAGAAAAGAAACAUCAGUUUGAGGCAUUGCAUUGGUCUGGAGAGCUGGGCCUGCGUCCCCCUGCACUGACUGGGAUCAGCUGGGUCUGCCUGCUCGCUGUGGUUGCUGCUGGGUGUGCAAACACACUGCCCACACAGAGCAUGCUAUUGCACGUGGGGGCUGUGAUUAUGUCACUGACCAGCCCAAACUCUGCUUUAGAUGUAGAUCACAGCUGCUCCCCUUUGCAUGCACAGGUGGGUCGAGGGGAGCUCCUUCCCCACAUUGCCCAGGUGUGCUGUUCUGGCAGGGCACCCUGGGGCUGAGGGCGGUGUGCUGCAGAGCUGCAGGGCUCUGCACACCCUUGGGAGCAGCAAGGAGUGCUGCUCCCUCUCCCACCAUUCCCAGGUUUGAUGUACCCGUUGUGCUGCCUGCACUGUGGGACUUGUGCUGCUCCCCAGCAGGGAUGGGGCAGAUCCCUCCCAUAGGCUCUGGGUGGGUGUCUGUGCUUUCUGAGAACCCUGAAAGCUGUGAGCUGUGGGUAGCACUGGCAGCUUCAAAUCCUUAUACUGGAUGAUUUAUUUCUUGCUAUUUAUGUACCUGUAUUUAUGUGCUCUGUAUGGAGAUGCUCUGCUGCAUGAGGAAUGAAACCAGGUUACACUGUGCCUGGGGAAAGUUGCCUCUGGUGUUUCCAAAAGUGGCACUCUGACUUUCCCACCUCAGCCAUGGAGCUGUGGGGGUUAACAGCAGGCAGGGCCAGGCUGGCAGCUCAGCAGUGGGAAGGAGCCCUGGGGGGCUUGGGCUUAAAGUGCUCCCUUACUUCUGAAGCUUUGAGGCAAGCGACUUAUUAGGAAAUAUUGAUCUUUUAUGUGCUUCACAUGCUAACAUGGAAGUACCUGCUAGAAAUGUUUUUCUUUAAGAGGUGAGGAAUGAAUAAAAGUUAUUUUUACAAUCAAGUUAAA